UCGUCUACUGAAUACCAACUCAUAGGAUGAGGCAGCUGUCACCGCAAAAAACAGACAAAUGUGAAUAAAUCCAAACAUUACGAUGACAGUUUACCUCAUGAAUUUAACUAUGAGAUCCCCGGAGACGAUGCGAAGCUGAUUUUGUAGUAUUUUGACUAAAAGAACCGCUGAAAAUAAGACCGAGCGGGUGAGUAACGUUACCGUUAGCUAGCCAAGUUCAGCCAGUCUGUCAGUGAGGGGAGCCGUUAGCCUGGGCGUCAUCUGUCUCUGUGAGGUGGAAGGAAAACGAAAACCGUGUUUUUCUGCGAGAAAUAUGAAAACAUGGGUUCGAGACUGAGCCGCCAAAGCAGCCUGGACAACGACGGGUUCUCGGCGAAGCGCCGGAGACAUCUGGACAGCACCGGGGAGAGAGAGCGGAGCGGCAGCCGCGGCAGCGCCGACUUCAUGCUGCUCAGACCGGACAGACUCCCCGGGAUGCUCCGCCGGAGCGACCCGAGCCCCUACGCCAGGAGGGUCGCAUGGAUCCGGGAGAUCCAGCAGCUUCUGCGGCAGAAGAAGAUCGAGGAGGCUACAGACGUGCUCAGAAGGCUGAGAAAGGACCUGGGCUUAGAGGGCACGUCCCUGAACGACAUCCUCUACAAGAACGCAGCUUUCCUGAACCUGGUGGACCCCAUUUCUCACGAGCUGCUCCUGAGCCUCGCCAGAGACAUGCAGUGUCCUAAGAAGGAUUCGGACAUGCUGAAGUCGACAGAUAAAAUCUGCAGGCAGCUGAUCUAUCACCUCACUCCGCACUCCAAGUGGCUGAGACAGAGCAUGAGCCGGAGGAAAGCUCAGGCCUGUUUAAAAACGACCCUUCAGAAGAAACUGUGCAGCGACUCUGUUGACCUCUCCGGUAUCCCAUUGUCGAUGCGCGACAUACGGCACGUGGCGUAUUACCUCCAGACCAGCGGUGGCGCUGUGAUCUCAGUGGACCUGAGUUUCACCGAGCUCCGGGAUGAAGGGCUGCGGCUGCUGCUGCCACUCCUGAGUGCCUUACCGAAACUCACGACACUGGCUCUCAACGGUAACCGCCUGACCAUCGCCAUCAUGAAAGAUCUGACUGAAGCGCUGAAGAACCCAAAGAGCUUCUCUUGUCUGGCCUGGAUUGAUCUGGGCAACAAUGUGGACAUAUUCACCAUGCCUCAGCCCCUCCUGGUGGCCCUGAGGCGGCGGUGCAGCCUGAAAAGCAGCCUGCCCACCAUCUACGAGUACACGGAGGGGCAGCCGUACUGCUACCGCAUGGAGAGCUCCAUCGAGGAGCCCAGCCACUACGAGGAAGAGGAGGAGGAAGAGGAGGACGAAGACGACUUGGACGACAAGCUGGACCUGGAGCAGUGGAGCAUUGGAGAGCAGAAAAGUUCAGGGAGCUUCACCCUGCACUACUGCGAGAGGUGAAGCAGCCCCGUUUUUGACCUGCAGUGUUACCCAACGCUGGGAGAGAGACAUAGAGAAUAAAUGAGACAGAGGGAGAGAGAGAGAGGGAGCGAGAUUGGCUCUUUCUGCAUCAACUCUCCCAAACCGCGAGCACUGUUCACCCUCUUGUCCUUCACCGUAGCUCCAUGAGUUAACCCGUUCCCCAUCGUGGCUUCGUGUGAACCAACACCAUCACAUUCACAGGGCUGUGGGCUCCACAUGGGAGCUAGCGGGACAGCUAAGCUAGGCGCCUGAGCACAGCACACAGUGACAAACGCAGGCCUGAACUCACCGUUUUGGCAGAUGAUGCUCCUCGGCGCAGGGUGAGGGUUCAUUGGAGGGGGCCAAGAGGAGUUUGAGAAGGUGCCCCACUUCUCUCGCAAAGGAACAGCAGUGGGAGAUGGGAAAAAGGUGAACUGAGUGAAGAAAAUCCCAGGGUGUUUCAGAAAGAUUGGACUAGCUGAUGCAUACCGACGCUGUUUUUCCAGGUCUGAGCAUCCACAGGUUUAGCUAAGGUAGGGCCGGUGAUGUUGUUAAAGGCGGUGCUGGGGGGGUUUAGGGGGCUUAGGGUCAGGUUCGGCGGUGUUUUUCAGGGUCUGGUGGCUGAGGCCGUCUCUGCCGCAGCAGACCGGCCCUAUCUCACCACUGUGUGCUCUGCUAAUCUCCCAACAAAAGCCAUGAGACCAGCUCAACAAACCGCACGGCCCACCCUCCGUCACGUGACUCGCGCAAAACUGCUAAGUCAAGACUUUUGCGUUUUUUUUCCCCCCACCUUUCCAAAACGUCCACUUGUGAAUACCCACUCAUCACUUGUGUCGUGUAGCCGUGAAUGAUAAUACAAAAAAAACAUAACGCUGUUGUGGUGGUCUUCUCUUUGUUGUGUGCGCCAGUGAUGAACAAAGCCAUCUUAGAAGACCAUGGGAGCAAUUCAGCGAAGGUCACUAACAGUCCCUCCUCUCCACUGUCUGUUUUCAUCAUUCAACACAUUAAGGCUAACAGAUACACUAAGAGGUCAGCAGCAGUCACUGCUGUACACUGAAUAUGAGUUUUUGAUGAAAGUACACUUUAAGUUUUUAAGAUUAGCCUGCCUUGACUUUUGGCUAACAUUAGCAUCAGUGGCUAUAGAUGG